AUGGCACAAUACUUCCUCGACCUCGUCUAUACCCUCAUAAACUGUAUGAGCUGUUUUCCUGGCUCCCCGCAGCUCAAGAUCAACAAUAGGAGUUUCAAAAUCUUGCGCCUCCUAGGUGAAGGAGGAUUCUCCUACGUGUACCUCGUCCAAGACACCAGCAAUGAAGCGCUGUAUGCGCUCAAGAAGAUCCGAUGUCCGUUCGGGCAGGAGUCCGUUGCGCAGGCGAUGAAGGAGGUGGAGGCAUACGCGCUGUUCACUCCGCAUCCGAACAUCAUUUGCAGUGUUGAUUACUGCGUAUCUUCUGACCGAUCGGACCCGGGCGCGAAAACGGUGUACAUCCUGCUGCCGUACUACCGACGAGGGAACCUGCAGGAUAUCAUCAAUGCGAAUUUGGUCAAUCACACCAAGUUUCCGGAACGCAGGCUGAUGGUUUUGUUUCUGGGAGUGUGCAAGGCAUUGAAGGCCAUGCAUAAUUACAAAGAAGGUGGAGGACCGGGCGGGGUCAAGAGCCAGAGGAAGGCAAAGAAGAUUAGAGGGGAGGCGGCGCAAGCGGAUCAGGAGGAGGAAGAUGAGAGUGAGCAAAGGAGAGGCCGACAAAAGGGCAGAGAGGUGGAUCCAGACAGCGAGCAGCAGGAACCACUGAUGGAUGGAGAAGUUACACAAAGCCAAGUAGGCGUUGCACCGGGAGAUAUCAAAGCGUAUGCGCAUAGGGAUAUCAAGCCAGGCAAGCAGAGAGAUCGAGAAGAUGACGAACCAAUUCUCAUGGAUCUUGGAUCGCUAGCCCCUUCACCUACGCCAAUUACGUCGAGAUCACUUGCUUUGGCUGUACAAGACCAAGCAGCCGAGCACUCUACGAUGCCAUACCGGGCUCCAGAGCUAUUUGACGUCAAAACUGGCAGUACAGUCGACACUAAGGUUGAUAUCUGGUCCCUGGGAUGCACUUUAUAUGCCUGCCUUGUUGGGAAAUCUCCAUUCGAGAUGCGCAGCGACGAAACUGGAGGAAGCUUGAGUCUCUGCGUCCUGGGUGGAGACUGGAGAUUCCCAGAUGAAGGCGCAGGAGGAAAGAAAAAAGCCGUGAACCAGCCAGGCCAAAGUGAGGACAGCGAGAUCAGCGAAAGUAUUCGGGAGGUGGUACGGAAAUGUCUGAGAGUUGAACCCGCUGAGAGACCGGAUGUAAACGAGCUGAUUGAUAUCGUUGAGACAGUUAUUGGGGAACUGCCCGAGGACGGCACUUCUUAA